AUGGAGUUAUCAACUCUGCAAGCUUUUAAAUGUUCCACUUUUCCUACAUUUAAAACCUUAUCCCUUACAAAUCCUAAACCUUUUGUGGUUCAUGUUGAAUUAAAUCGACCAGAAAAAUUAAAUGCAAUGAAUAAUACUAUGUGGAAGGAAAUAGGAGAAUGUUUCAACAAUUUGUCCAGUAAUCCUGAUUGUAGAGUUAUUAUUUUGUCUGGAAAGGGACCUAAACUUUUUACAGCAGGCAUAGAUUUACACGAUAUGAUUUCUCUGGGUGCAGAAUUAAGCCAACAUGAAGACAUUGCUAGAAAAAGUAAAAUACUUUGGGGCUUAAUAAAAACAUAUCAGACUAGUAUAUCAUCUCUUGAAAAGUGCCACAAACCGGUUAUUGGGGCUGUACAUGGACCUUGCAUUGGUGGUGGUUUAAAUUUAAUCUGUGCAACUGACAUUCGAUAUUGUACCUCUGAUGCCUGGUUUCAAAAUAAAGAAAUUGACAUUGGAAUGGCAGCUGAUGUUGGUACAUUACAAAGAAUGCCUAAAAUAAUUGGAAGUACGAGUUUAGUGAAUGAAUUAGCCUACACAUGCAGAAAGUUUCCGGCAUCUGAAGCAAAGGAAAGUGGAUUUGUCAGCAAAAUAUUUGAUUCUAAAGAAAGCAUGAUUGAAGCCUCUCUCAAAUUAGCAGAGACAAUUGCUCAAAAAAGCCCAGUUGCUGUUCAAGUAACUAAAAGAAGUUUAAUAUAUUCUAGAGAUCACACUGUUGAUGAAGGCUUAGAAAAUAUUGCAUUAUACAAUAUGUCAAUGUUACUUAGUGAAGAUUUUUUAAAUGCUGUAACAGCUCAAGCUACUAAAGGAGAUCCCCCAGUUUUUUCAAAACUUUGA